AUGUCGAGGGUUUCCAAGUGGAAGCUUGAGAAGACUAAAGUGAAAGUUGUCUUUCGGCUCCAAUUUCACGCGACACAUAUUCCACAGUCGGGUUGGGAUAAGUUGUUUAUAUCAUUCAUCCCUACUGAUUCGGGGAAGGCAACAGCUAAGACAACCAAAGCCAACGUAAGAAAUGGAACAUGUAAAUGGGCCGAUCCUAUUUAUGAAACCACAAGGCUUCUCCAAGAUUCUAAAAGCAAACAAUACGAUGAGAAGCUUUACAAGAUUGUCGUGGCCAUGGGAACUUCACGGGCUAGCAUCCUCGGGGAAGCUACCAUCAACCUUGCCGACUAUGUUGAUGCUUUAAAGCCUUCUGCUGCAACACUUCCUCUUCAUGGAUGCAGUUUCGGAACUAUCCUACAUAUUUCUAUCCAGCUCCUGACCUCGAAGACCGGAUUUAGGGAAUUUGAACAGCAGAGAGAACUCAGAGAAAAGGGAAUACAAUCUGGGCAAGACAGCCAUGCCCCUGGGAAAAUACCAUCACCCGGAGAGGUUGCCAAUUUUCAGGGCAAUAAGACGAGUUCUCCACUCGAAGAGGAGGCGAACCCGACUGAGGAAGCCGACUCAGCCACUGGAUUCGACGCCUCAUCCAAUACUUCUGGAAGUUUCUAUGCAGAGAGGAAUGAGACUCCCAGCACACACGAAAUUGACAGCCUCCAAAGCAACACGGGGAGAGUGGGUCCCGCUGGUGAUCUGGCACUGACUUUUGAUGAGAAUAUCCGCCUCAAAGGGAGCUCGGAGCUAGCUGAGUCAUCUCUUUUCGACCUCAAGCUAGAAGUCAGCUCCCUGCAGAGCCUGGCUGACGAGCUAGGUGCUGAGACACAGAGGUUCUCACGGCAGCUGAUAAUGGAGGUAUCCUCAGCCGAACAACUUGCUCGAGAGGUCUCGUCCAUUAAAUCGGAGUGCCUUGAGUUCAGGGACGAAAUAGUCAAGCUCCGAGAUUUAAAGUCCAGCCUGUUCACAAAUCGGACCGAUUUGCAGCUCCAGUUUCCAAAGGGAAUUGCCAUGGUGGAAAGCAAGAUCAGGGACCUUCACAGCAAGACCCGUCUUUCCCCCCAUGGUGGUGACCCUAAGUUUAUAUGCUCGGAGUUGGAAGUUCUGCUCGAUUUUCUGCUCGAACUCAAGCUUGAAAACGGGAAUGGGCUGGGCUUGGAUUUGUGUCAGCCCGAAUGCAUUCUUCCGAAUCCUCCAGAUGAUAUCGAUGCAAUGAGAGGGCAGAUUCUCGAUCUCGUGCGGGAGCUGGACGAGUCGAGGGUCGAGAAGGAAGCUUUUAUCCGGAAAACGAACCAGAUGGAGUGCUAUUACGAGGCGCUCAUACAUGAGCUGGAGGAGAAUCAAAAGCGAUUGCUGGGCGAGCUGCAGCACUUGAGGAACGAGCACUCUGCCUGCCUCUAUUCUUUAUCUAUAGCCAAAUCCGAGGUGGACUCGCUGAGUCAUGAUCUGAGUCAACACAUGGUUCGGUCGGCUGACGAGAGGCGAGAACUGGAAGCUCUCAAUGAGGAGCUCGAGAGACGGGCUGUGACUUCUGAAACUGCAUUGAAGCGGGCCCACUUAAAUUACUCGAUUGCUGUGGAUAAAUUGCAGGAAGACCUCCGGCUGCUCUCUUCACAGGUCACGUCAAUGUUCGAGACGAAUGAGAAACUCAUCAAGAAUGCUUUGCCCACGCGGGACAUGAAGAGAUGUGCGGGUGGCGAUAUUCUCUUGCAGGACCUGAGAAGAUCCCUACGCGUGCAGGAAGAGCAUUACGAACGGGUCGAGAGAGAACUUACAGAAAUGUACUCGGUUAAUUCGGAAUUGGAUUUGUUCUCUAGGGCACUGGUGGAAUCCUUGCGUGAAGCUGAUAACAGCAUUAGAAUUGUGGAUGAUGAAUUGAAACUCUCGAUGGCUUCUCAGAACCAGUUGAUGAUGAACCUGCAGAAGGCUACGGAUGAUAUUCACAUGCUCAACGAGUACAAAUCGAGUAGCAUUUCUCAGUGUAGCGAUUUGGCCCUGCAGAAUCAACUGUUGGAAGAUAAAUUAGUGAGUGCUACUGAGGAGAAUUAUCUUCUUGCUGAGAAGCUGAAGGAUUACGAGAGUUAUCGGAGCAUGUAUGCAGCUUGUUUGGCAGAGAAUGCGGAGCUCUCUCGUCAUUUGGAACAGAAAGGAUCUGAAAUCGAGAAACUGGCUAAUGAAAUUUUAACUUUGAAGGAAAAGUUGAUGACCCUCAAAGCCGAGUCUGAUGAACUUGUCUCAUCCAAGAAAAAUCUAGAGGAAACUAUCGAUUUCGUACGUGAAAAGUUGGCCAACCUGUUGGCAUCUUACAGCACACAAUUUCAUUUCGUGGAUAAUUUUCAGAAUCUCGAUUCGGAGAGUGUAGAUGUGAAAGAUGCUGCCUUGCGUUUAGAAAAGAUCCAGCUUAGUGUAUACACAAAAUACUGUGAACUGCUGGAAGAGGAUCAGAUUCUGAAGAACGAGAGAGCCAUUGUUGACCUGUCAUUGAGCACUUCCAGGUCAGAAAUCGUGAUGACGAAGCGAAAGUUCAAAAGCGACUUAGAGGACAUGGUGACUAGGCUAGGCGUGUCCAAUGCCCUCGUGGGCAAACUUCAAGCCGAACUUGAAUCAGUGGAUAACAAACUCCGCAUGAGUUCCGAGAUUGAGGAGAAGCACAUUAGCCUGAACAGAGUGCUUAUGGCUGAUAUUGCUCUUUUGGAAGAUCAGAUGCUAGAAUUGACUUGUAAAAAUGGUCACCUCUUGGAUGAGGUCUCGAUCUUGGAUGCUCUUGCAGAGGAACAUAAAAGGAGUGAAUUAACCAUUUCUAAGUUAAUGCAUGAUAAAAGAGAACUUAGCAAGUCCUUACAGGAAAAGGCUGAGGAAUCUACCAAGCUUUCUGGUGAAAUUAGUUAUCUGAAAGAAACUUCGAAAAGUUUGCAUGAUGAGUUGUUCAUGGAAAAAUCCUAUAGAGAUGAACUUGAAGGAAAAGUGAGGGAUCUUUCUUUCCACUUGAACAAGGCUGAGGAUGAGUUGCUUAGUUUCGAACAGCAAAAAUCUGAACUAAUGCAUGUUAGGGAACUGGAAUCAGAACAUAUAUCCGAAAAAUCGAGACUCGCUCAUCUUCUCGAUCAGAAAAAUAUUCUAAUAGAAGAGCUUAAGAGAAAUAAUUGCUACAAUGGUAUCCUCGAGAGUCAGUUAUUAGAGAUGCACGAGCACUUGCUUGCAACAGAUGUAAGACUGACUUAUGUUGCAAACCAUUAUGAAGCAAUCAUCGAGGGACUCCUACAGAAACUCGUGUCCUCAGACAGCUGUCUUAUGGAACUUCAGAAAAAGUAUCAUGAGACAGAAGCUAUGCUGAGUCAACAUCUCGAAGGUGAAACUAACUGGUCAGAAGAAAAACUCAACCUUUUGACAAGUCUGGAAGCUUCUGAAGCUCAAAACAAGAUUCUUUCAGAUUCAAACAAAGAGACAUGGCAUCAGCUUGAGGAGUGCAGGAAUAAGCUAACAAUGAUGAUUGAUGCCGAGCAAGAAAUCGACGAUUUGGCCAUCUCAAAUAAAGAAUUUGAACUUUUAGUUACAGUACUCGAAAGCAAAAUUCGCGAACAGUUUGCUAAUAUAACAUUUUUGGAAGGCUCCAAAGACCAGCUUUCUGUUAAGCUGUCUGAACAGGUUUUGAAGACCGAAGAAUUUAAAAAUCUUUCUACCCAUUUGAAAGAACUCAAAGACAAGGCCGAAGCCGAAUGUCUUCUGGCUUCAGGGAAAAGAGAAACGGAGGUGGGCCAGGUGGCACCUUCUCCCGGACAGGAUUCUUUACGAAUUGCAUUCAUGAAAGAACAAUACGAAACUCAGGUGCAAGAACUGAAGCAACAGGUUUCUAUAUUGAGAAAGCAUGGGGAGGAGAUGCUGCUGAGGCUGCAGGAUGCAAUUGAUGAAAUUGAAAACAGGAAAAAAACCGAGGCUGUGAAUGUGAAGAAAAACGAGGAGCUCUUGAUCAGGCUCUCUGCUUUAGAGGAAGAGUUGCAGUCGGCUGUAAAGGAGAAAUGUGAGAAAACGAAUGCUUAUGACCGAACAAACGCCGAGCUGGAAUGCGCGUUGCUUAGCCUGGAAUGCUGCAAGGAAGAAAAGGAAAAACUCGGGUCUUCUUUGCGGGAAUUCGAGGCAGAAAAAUCUCGACUUGCUAGUGAUCUGGAGUCGGUUAAAGCACAACUGGAGGAUUUGAAAUCUUCAAUGAGAUUUGGGUGUAAUAUAUUGAAUGGUGAAAAUGGAGAUUCAACUGAGCCAGGGCAGUUACGAAUCAUUCAGGACGAUGCUGCCUUUGCAACGAAAGACAAUAAUUUAGAUGUUUGUCACAACAAUUUGGGAGCCCAGAAACUGAGAUCUAGUAUGGAGCAUUUACACGAGGAGCUUGAAAAGAUGAAAAAUGAAAACAAAGCUGACUGCAUAAGCCAUGAUGUCGAUCCAGAUAUUCAAGUACUGCAACAUGAAAUCAUGAAACUGCAUAAAGCAAAUGAAGAGCUCGGACGAAUGUUUCCCCCAUUCAAUGAUAUUUCUUCUGGUGACAAUGCUCUAGAAAGGGUUCUAGCGUUGGAAAUUGAGCUUGCUGAAGCCUUGAAGUCGAAGAGAAAAUCGAAAGUCGUAUUUCAGAGUUCUUUCCUGAAACAUCAUGGGGACGAGGAAGCCAUUUUCAAGAGCUUUAGAGACAUAAACGAGCUCAUAAAUGAAACCUUGCAGCUCAAGGAAAGGCGAGCUGCCCUUGAGGCCGAGCUGAGGGACAUGCACGAUCGGUACUCUCAGCUCAGUCUCCAAUUUGCAGAGGUCGAAGGUGACAGGCAAAAGCUCAGGAUGACACUCAAGAAUGUUCGCUCGUCCAGGAAGCUCCACUCUACAUAG